AUGAAACGGACAAUUACCGAUAAGAAUAACACAUUAACAUCAUUAGCUUUAGUUUCCUUAGAUGCAUAUAUUGUACAUAUUAACAAAAUUACAAAAAAUAAUACAAAUGAUAAUCACCAUUAUUCAUUUAUUUUAUGUAUUGAAGAUCAAUCUACAGUUCGAGUUGUCAAAUAUUUAUCCAAAGUUCCAUCUUGUUUGUUAUAUAAUCGAUUAAGAGAAUCAUUAAGAAGUGGUCGAGGAGCUACAAUUACUUCGUUACGUGAGCAAAACAAUCAAUAUACUUGUACGGUGUCUACAAAGGUAAUUGAUAAAGACUUAAACUUUCGACCCGAGUGUAUUCGUGUAAAAAAUAUCAAUAUCUUAAAAAACGAAACAAACGAUAAAUUAUGCACAGUAGAAGCACAAAUUUGUGCUAUUAGUGAUGAAAUUGCAGUUGUUUUUGAAGAGAAUGAAUUUAAACGCGUUCAAAAAAUAAAAAAAAAUAUAAUUAUUGGUGAUGGGACUGGAGCAUUAGAAAUGAGUGUAUGGGAGAAUCAUUUUAAUGAAAUAGAACUAGGCAAAUCAUAUCAUAUUCGAUUACUGAAAAUACGAAUAUAUAAUGAUCAAAUAUCAUUAACUACCACAACAGAAACAUCCGAAAUAACCGGUAUAAUUAGUGAUAUAUCAAUAGUUAAAGAUAAUGAAUCAUCUCAUGAAAGUACGUUAAAUAUUAUGUUCACUUCAUGA